AUGGACGUCGCCCUCGAGAUCCUCGAUCCCCUCGUCCUGGACAAGGCUUACGCCUACUUCGUCCCCGCGCCCACGACGGCUUUCAACGCGACCGGCGCCGACUUCGACUCGUCCACGAUCGCCCUGUCGCCCCUCUCCUACGGCUCUGCCUGGCCGCGCGACAGCAUCCUGCGCCAGUGCAUCUCGCUCCUCGUCAUCACCCAGAUCGGCGCCUCGCUGCUCUACUGGGUCUUCAGCGCCCUCUCCUACUACCUCAUCUUCGACCGCCGCCUCGAGUACCACCCGCGCUUCCUCAAGAACCAGAUCCGCCAGGAGAUCAUCUCUUCCAUGAAGGCCGUGCCCGUCAUCGACGUCCUGACUCUGCCUUUCUUCCUCGCUGAGGUCCGCGGCAAGAGCCUGCUCUACGCCCGCGUCGAAGAUUACGGCCUCUGGUGGAUGGGCGUCUCGGCCCUGCUGUUCAUGGUCUGGAACGACAUUACCAUCUACUGGAUUCACCGCCUCGAGCACCACCCCUCCGUCUACAAGUACAUUCACAAGCCACACCACAAGUGGAUUGUGCCGACGCCCUGGGCCGCCCUCGCCUUCCAUCCUCUCGACGGCUUCGUCCAGUCCCUGCCAUACCACGUCUUCGUCUUCAUCUGCCCCGUGCAGAAGUACCUCUAUCUGUGUCUCUUCGUGCUCGUCCAGAUCUGGACCAUCCUCAUUCAUGACGGCGACAUGAUCUCCGGCCACUGGCUCGAAAAGUACAUCAACAGCCCGGCCCACCACACCCUGCACCACAUGUACUUCACCGUCAACUACGGCCAGUAUUUCACCUGGGCCGACAACUACUUCGACUCCCACCGCGCGCCCCAGCCUGAGCUCGACCCCCUCCACGAUGCCCUCAAGGUGAUGCGCGAAAAGGGCCUAGUGGAUGAGAAGGGCAACCCCAUCCCACAGGAUAAGAAGAAGGACCAGUGA